GCGCUCUUCUCCACAUCCGUUCGUCACCGUCUGCUCUGCCAGCUCACUCACUGCGGCCACACUCCGUCCCCUAUCGCACGGGCUCCUCUCACUCUUAUCUUUCUCUCUCUUCUUCGCCAACGCUUCACGUGCAACCAUGAAGAUCUACUCCCUCUCCGUCGUCCACGCGCCCCCGUCCGGUUCAUCGUCCGUGCUCAGCACCGCCUCGGACCUCUCCAGCUUCUCCUUCUACCAGCGAGGCUCCGUCGCCGAGUUCAUGACCUUCUUCACCAAGACCGUGGUCGAUCGCACGCCCCAGACCCAGCGGCAGAGCGUGCAAGAGAACAUGUACACUGCCCACGUUUACAACCGCGGCGGCGCCGAGCAGCUUGCAGGCAUCAUUAUCACAGACCACGAGUACCCCGUCCGCCCCGCAUUCUCCCUGCUCACCAAGAUGCUGGAUGACUUCACGGCCAAGGUGCCGCAGUCUCAGUACUCGAAUCCGUCCUCGGUAUCCUUCUCCGAGAUCGACGUCUACAUCAAGAAAUACCAGGACCCGCGUCAAGCGGACACGAUCAUGCGCGUUCAGCAGGAGCUCGAUGAGACCAAGAUUGUCCUGCACAAGACAAUCGAGUCCGUCCUCCAGCGCGGCGAGAAGCUCGACAACCUCGUGGAGCGGUCUAACGCCCUUUCUGCGCAGUCCAAGAUGUUCUACAAGACCGCAAAGAAGCAAAACUCUUGCUGCGUUCUCAUGUAGAGUACCCUGGACUUCACUCGCACGUCUCCAUUUGAGGACGCUUUCUGUCUUUCCUUGUACCAUAUAUUUCUCUUGCACCUAUUUGAUCUUGGAUAUUUCUCUUACCGCCGCUCUGUGCAAUAUUCGAUCAUCAAGGUUGCUAGUCAUACUUCAUGGUAAGCUGGACAUCACUACCGCUUUUACGGAACCCGGCCCAGGAACAGUAGGACAGCAGGGGUAAUAACCAUUCACGGCUGCGAUGUCCUUGGCUGCUAUGGCGUACAAUGCUACGGACCUAGCGCUGCCAACGGCCUUUACAGCACAAUGCAGUCAUGCGGCGCCAGUCUAAAUCUUCCUGUCUUUGUGUAACAAGCGAAUAAUUGACCUGGUGACGAUCCAAGAUAACCAAAUUACUGUGUUCUGAUUGCAGGGCGUCACUCACGACAUCAGCCAUUGGAUCUUCGAGAUUAUAGGACAAAGCAAACCUUGCAGAGCUUAUUGAGCGGCCUCGCCUUAUCAAGGAUCGACGGGUUUUGAAUGAUACCCACCAUUACCAAAUGUAUAUGUACCGAUGACCGGCAGUUCGUGGUCGAAGAGGUACUCGUUGGGCGCAACCCAUCCUAUUUGUUUGUCAUUUUCUUCUUAAUUGUCUUCGCUCAGAAUGAAUGAACUCAACCGGUCUUAAC